UUAAACUUUUACGGAUUGACUAUGACCAUCAGUAUCUGUUAGGCUAUGGAGCUUUGUCUUCAAUAUUUACAUACUGAUAUCUUCUUUUGUAAAUCUUGUCUGUUUUCCACAUAAACUGAUCUUAGUAGCCAUUUUAAUAGCCGACUUUGUGAAACUUUGCCUGCUGGGGCAGAUCAGGACGUCAAAGUUGAAAAAUGAAACUUAGGGAGACUUCUGGCAUGGGCUACAGGAAGUGAAAGUAAACAAGCAGAAGUUCAGCCAUAAUCAGAGACUGCAGACAGAGAACAGAUUUGUUUUCCUGCAGACAAAAACAGACCUUAAAACAGUCAAGAUGAAGCUGCUAGUCUACCUUACAGUAACGGUACUGACCGUCGCCAACACUUCACUGCACGCUUGGCCAGACCCCACCAGAGGUGGUUCUGGCGUCAACUUGAAUGGCCGGAUGUUCACUUUGUCAAGUUAUAAUGGAGGAGUAGUCUUCUAUUCACCUUAUCGACCUCCCCCCUGGGCAACUCCUACGCCAUAUCAAACUAGUGGUUACACCUCCAGGUACUCCACCACAGGCAGUAACACCCAAACCAACACAGCACUGACAGAUACAUCUACUGAGUCUUACUCCUCCACCCACCCUACCACCCCCCGUACCACCCACUCUACCACCCGCCGUACCACCCACCUUACCACUCCCUAUACCACAACAGCUCCUCCAACUAGAGGUGUAUCAGUGUGUCUGCGGUACAUCACAGGCACUCAGAGCAACAAGAUUUUCACCCUCAGUCCAUCUAGCUCCCGUCUGAGCCUGAACAUCAAUGGACCAUUGAUAUAUCAGCUGUCUUUGAACUACCAAAGCAUGUACCUACUGCCGAACAUCAAAAUCUGGCCUGAUAUGAAGUCCAACAUUUGGACUAACAUCUGCAUCACUCUGGACACAGUAAAGGGUGUGGCUCAGAUGUUCAGAGACUCGGAAAUGAGCAGCAGGAAACUGAUAAAUAAUCAGUUCGUGUGGUCGGGUGAGGCUGUCGUUGAUUUCACAGGUUUCGAGGGUCAGGUGACAGAUGUCCAGGUGUGGGAUUAUCCUCUGCGUUAUAAAGAAGUCCUCUACUACAUGAGCAGCGGUUUCUACGGGUAUGAACCUGGCUGCU